CAAUUGUUUUUGAUCCACACUAAGCAAAGUGUGGUCGUCAGGUACGCGGGUGGCAAGGGCGGGGAGACGGCACCGGUUUUAAAGGUUGGUUAGAGACUACUGGGUCCCACCCUGAAGCCAAGGCACCCACAGUCUUGGGGUUUCUGGGGCUUGCCUCCCCUCGUUCGCAGCCUACGGGCCAGCGGGACCCGCGUUCCCUGCGGCCUGUGGUCCAGUGCUAAUGUCACCUGAGUUGUCACUGCUGGUUAGGCAGUACCAGGGAUUGGAUCUGGGGCUUUUUGCAUGGUAAGCAAGCACUCUACUCUGUUACUUUCAGCCUUUGCUGUCCUGGAACUCGCUCUGUGGACCAGCCUGGCCUCAAACUCAGAGAGAUUCACCAGUCUCUGCCUCCCGAGUGCUGGGAUUAGAGGCGUGUAUCACCUCUGCCCAGUUCCUAGGCUGCUCUUGCUUAGUACAAGUUCCGGGUGCAGAGGUAAAUGUUUGAGCUCUUUCCCUGGAAGGAUUUAUGGUAGAGUAGGAAAAAGGAGAACAACCAGUUUGAGUUGAACUCAAAGCAGUCGAAAAUUGGAACCUCAUAAAGGUGGAAUAAAUGUCACUGCCAAAUUCCCCAGAUACACCAUUGUUGUAUCAAGUACUUAGCAGCUCUGUUGAAUGACUAAGGCUCAAAGUUUUUUUGUUUUGUUUUAAUUUGAGAUGGGAUAUAAUCACUGUGUGGGCUAGACUGGCCUAGAAGUCACAGUCUCCCUGCCUCGGCCUAGCUGCUAGGGUUACAGGCUUGAGGAAAGGCUCUCUGCCUUGAGAAAAGAUUUUUUAAACUAAGGAGUGAAAUGCCAAAUCUGGGCAUAGAUAAUGUCUUGUUCAGGUUGAUCAGAUCUGUGUGGUUUUUUUAAGAUUAUUUUUAAUUGUGUGUGUAUGUGUGCUCAUACAUGCUCACACAAGUGUAUGUGGAUGCAGUUGCCAUCAGAGUCUAGAAAAGAGUAUCUGAUCCCCUAGAGAGCAGCUAUAGGCAGUGAGCCACCUGAUAUGGGUGCUGCUAAUAAAACUCGGGUCCUCUUUAGAGCAGCAGAUGUAUGUGCUUUGAUGCUCAGCUGCACCUUUGUCUUUUGAGGACUCUUAGAUGAUAACCUCUUUCAGCACCUACUGAAUUCCCAUUGCGUGCCAGGAUUCAUGCCAUCCACCAAAGGUGCAAGCUCAAGAAAGGUGGCUCUGCCUUCAGGAGUGUGCAGGCAGAUACAAUAUAGACUCAGGGUAGGGACUGGAGAAAUGGCUCAGCGGUUAAGAGCACUGGCUGGUCUUCCAGAGGCUCUGAGUUCAAUUCCCAGCGACCACAUGGUGGCUCACAACCAUCUGUAAUGAGGUCUGGUGCCCUCUUCUGGCCUGCAGGUAUACAGACAAAAUAUUGUAUACGUAGACUCAGGGUAGUGGCUGAUGUUAUCUUUAUUGGAUUCCCUCUCAUAAAAAGCACCUUCAGGGACUACAGAAUUUAGGAAGGCGCAAGGAACAAAAAACAGAAAAGAAAGUAGUUAAGUUCAACAAAUGCCAAAUAUUGCCGAUUGCAAGGUCUUUGUUGUUGUUUAGGAUUUACUUAUUUGUAUUUUAUGUGUACAACUGUUUUUCCUUCAUGUGUGUCUGUGAACUUUGAUUCCUUCGGAGGCCAGAGAUGGCAUUGGAUCCCUGGAACUGAAGGUAGAGAGGGUUAUGAACCGGUAUGUGGGUGCUGGGAACUAAACCCAGGUCCCCUGUGAAAGCAGCCAGUGACCUGACUGCUGGACUAUCUCUCCAGUCUUAUUCGCAGAGUCUCUCAAAGGAAUUCAGUUUGGCAGGAAAGCAUCAACCCCGGCUUUCGAGCUUUUUAAGCAGCAACCAUGGAAGAUUCUAGAGCCCCUCAAAAUUCUCCUAUCUCUUUUUCCUUCUCAGCUAGACUUCCAAAGAGACAUUAGAACAAUUCACUCCCCAACAGGAUCUUUAUUUUUUAUUUGUGUGUGUGCAUAAUGUGCUGGUGUGUAUGCCAUGUCACAUAUGUGGAGGUCAGAGGACAGCUUGGUGGAGUCAGUUCCUUCCUUCACAUCUACAUGAGUUCCAGGGGUUAAACUCAGGUCUUCUUGCUGAAUCAGCUCAUAAGACUCCUGUGGCUAGAACUUUUUUACCCCUGAGCCAUAGGUCCCCUUAUAAUUCUUUUGACUUUUUUUUGCUCAUUUUAAUAAGGUGAGAUUAUGGCCAGACGGUGGUGGUGCACACCUCUAAUCCCAGCACUCGAGAAGCAGAGGCAGGUAGAUCUCUGUGAGUUCAAGGCCAGCCUGGUAUACAGAGUGAGUUCCAGGACAGGCUCCAAAAAGUCACAGAGAAACCCUGUCUCAGAAAACAAAAAAAACAAACAAAAAAAGCAAAAGUGAUGUGGAUGAUUAGUUUGUGUGAACGUCUAAGAGCAGUGCCAUCACACGGGUUUGGAUGUUUUUGUUUAAAAAGAUUUAUAGUCGGCAUUGCUUUCCAUACAUGAAAAGAGUGGCACUUCUAGAAUCCUUAGAGAAUGUGUUGUUUUCCUCAUUUCUCUGGAAGAAUUCUAUAUUCUAUUUAAUUUUGUAUAUGCCGUUAGCUUUCUGAUACACUCAGUAAAUAAAUACAUCUCAAACUUAACCUGCACGGUAGCUUUGACCUGAACUUCUAACUACACAGGAGCCUGAGACUGGAGGAUUACUGUUUUGAGGCCUGCUUGGAGUACAGAGUGAAUUGAAGGCUUCACAGUGAGACCCUGUCUCAAAAUAAAAAGUAAAAAGAGAACCGGGGAUCUAACUCGGUGGUAGAGUGCUUGUCUAGUGCAUGCAAAGCUCUGGAUUCUAUCCUUAGUAACACAGAAAGAAGGGAGGAGGACUCUUAAAUAGACCUAGAGAUUUAGAUUAUUAGUGUAUUUGGCUCUUUACUGCUGACCAUUUGCCGAAUUACCUCUCUGGAAUACUCAGCGGCAUGCUUUCCUUAGUUCAGUCCGUCUGGACCAGUACCACACACCUGCUCACCACUAACACAGUAACGCUAGUUCUCGGUUGGCUGUAGGGUUAGCUGUGUGAGUGGCGUGAGCGCAUGGACUGUAAGUUAGAAGAAAGUGCUCAGAAAGCAGAGUCGCUGGGGGUGCAGGGACCAGACGGUUCCCAAGACGACGGAGGUGAAGAUGGACUGUCUGAGAUCUUCCAGCUGCUGCAGAUGGAUGUGGAAUACGAGCACCGAGAGGAAGAGGCGCGCCCUGCAAACAGUGCAGCAUGGGGCUCGAAAAAUGUGCAGAGAAAACAGAGACACUGGGAAAGGAUAGUCUCCUCGAAGAAGAGCAAAAGGAAGCAGGAAAAAGAAAGAAGAAAAGUCAAGCGUGCAGAACACCCAGGCACCUGCCCUCAGCACAGCAAACGUUUUUUGAAAGCGUUAACCAAAGAGAAACUUUUGGAAGCCAAACACUCAGGACCAAGACUGUGUGUUGACUUGAGCAUGACCCAGCACAUGUCAAAGAAGGAACUGAGCAGGUUGUCUGCACAGAUCCGAAGGUUGUAUGGUUCAAACAAAAAAGCCAGCAGGCCCUUUUGGAUCUGCCUCACUGGAUUCUCAACCGACAGUCUCCUCUAUGAAGAGUGUCUGAGGAUGAAUGAUGGAUUUUCUGCUUACUUGCUGGAUGUGACAGAAGAAGACUGCUUUAGUUUAUUUCCUCUGGAAAGCCUUGUGUACCUGACUCCCGACUCAGAACGGGCCCUUGAAGAAGUUGAUCAGAACACGGUGUACGUCAUUGGUGGACUUGUAGAUGAAAGCAUUCAGAAGAAGGUGACAUUCCAAAAAGCUCGAGAACACUCUGUGAAGACAGCCCGUUUGCCAAUCCAGGAAUACAUGGUCAGGCGCCAGAAUGAGAAAAACUACCAUUCAGAAAUACUGGCCAUCAAUCAAGGUGCUGUGCUGGUUCUGUUUUGUGGGCAAGAAUGCCAGCAAGCCACAGUUCUCAAGCAGAGGGACCAGUGAUACUACUUUCAAGUUGAGUCCUCCCUUCAUAACCAUGAAAUCCUCCAGCAAGAGCCAUUUCAGGGUCUAAGAACACCCUUCAAAAUUGCACUGUCCAAAUUAUAUGUGGUUAAAUUUAUAUUUAACCUUGUAUCUAAUUAAGACAUACAAAAUUCAGUUCCUCAUUGCAUUAGCUACUUUUGAACUGUUCAACAGCCACACAUAACUAGCAAUAACUAGCAGUCAGUGCAGAUACAAAAACUAAACCUGGUGUCAUUGGAGAAUGUUCUAUCAGUUCUACUUACAAAAAGUUACAUAUUUGACCAGAGGAAGGAAAAACUCUUGACAUCCAUAUUCAAAAUAAAAUGGGACAGUGGUAAUUCACAAAUGCUACUUCAUGGAAGAUUUGCUUUAAACUGUUACAAAACCCAACUUUAAAAUAAUGAAGCUAAGAAACAAUUAAUUUGUUCUCUUCACUCAACAUUAAAACACUCACAGGUGAGAGUUGCAGAGCUGGCUCACAGGUUACGAGCACUGCUGCUCCUGCAGAGGGUCCAGGUUAGCACCCUCCUAGCAGCUCACAACCAGUCACACUCAAGUUUUAGGGAACCUGAUCUUCUUUGUCUGACCUCCACAAGCAGCAGUUACAGUGGGCAAAUACAUACA